UCGUAAACAAAAGCAAAACACCGCGCGGUCUGGUUGUUGGCUUAUCGCUCAGUCGGAAAACACAAAAUUUCACAUCGUUCGUGUUGCACGUGCGCGCGUUUUUCACGGAAAGAAACAACCCAGUCCAGUAAUCCCACCCGAUGGUCGUGGAACAGUGGUAGUUGCCACGCCAGCUGAUUCAAUUAUCAAUCAAUCAACCACAGUCAAGUGAAACAGCUGAUUGUUAGUUUCCUUUGUGUCGUCGGCGGUCCACAGUCGAGUCGAGAAAGUGACUGAACCUGUAGCAAGAUGUUCUACGUGAUUGGUCUCGGAUUGGGAGAUCCCAAAGAUAUUACCGUCAAGGGUCUGGAGAUUGUGAAGCGGUGCGAGCGAGUCUAUCUGGAAUCAUACACUUCGAUAAUGACCUGCGGGCAUGAGAAACUGGAGGAAUUCUACGGUCGUCCACUGAUUCUGGCGGACCGGGAGCUUGUGGAGAGCGGAGCCGAUGAUAUCCUACACAAUGCCCAUUCGGUGGAAGUGGCGUUCCUGGUCGUGGGUGAUCCCUUCGGUGCCACGACCCAUACAGAUCUGUUGAUCCGGGCUAAGGAGAAGAAUAUCCCCUAUCAGGUGAUUCACAACGCAUCGAUCAUGAACGCCAUCGGAUGUUGCGGAUUGCAGCUGUACCACUUUGGCGAAACGGUCUCCAUCCCCUACUGGGACGCAAACUGGCAGCCGGACAGUUUCUUUGACAAAAUCAUUGCCAACCUGGAACAUGGAUUGCAUACACUCUGCCUGUUGGACAUCCGGGUCAAGGAACCGACCCUGGCCUCGUUGACCAGUAAAAAGCGAGAAUACGAGCCACCUCGGUUCAUGAGCUGCAGCACGGCCUGUGACCAGUUGUCUCAAUUGAUUCACAAGCGCAGACUCAGCGGAGAGGCCAAGCAUCAUCUGUUCAACGAUCGGAACGUGGUGAUCGGAUUGGCCCGGGUUGGUCACGAAUCCCAGGAAAUUAAGGCUUGCACCCUGAAGGAGAUGAAGCAGUCCGACCUGGGUGAUCCGCUGCAUUCGUUGAUCAUUCCGGCCGAGAUGCACCCGAUGGAGGUGGAGUUUUUGCAGCAGUUCUGCGACGAAGAUCUGAAGGAGCUGCAGAAGAAGGCGCGGCGCGAUGAGCUGACCAGCAUAUUCAAGCUGGAGACGACGCUGGACAGUACGAGCAAUUCCAACAACUAAGUCAACUCCGGGGUAACGGUAAGACCAAAGGUCGAGCGAAGCUCACUGCUAUUAAAGUUGUUCUUUUUCUAUUGAUUUAAUCAUUUUUAACAAUGAUGAGUGUUGCGCUUAUCUUAUGUGCUAAUAUACAUACUGUGUGAAAGUUA